CUCCACAUCAUUGAGAGGAGUCCGAGUAUCGUGUACAGUGGUUUGUAGUCGUGUUAAAGUAUAGAGAUCAGCGUGCUCGUCUUUACCCUAUCUCAAUCUUUCUCUCUUUCUAUUCUAUAUUUCUAUCCUUCUCUUUCUCAUUUCUCUUCGUAGUCUUGUGUGCGCACACGUGUGUAUGUAUGUGCACACUUUUUUACUUUUUGAAUAAAACACGAUGGUGAUCUCGCAGGAGGUUCUUUCAAAAGCCGAAGAAAUAGCAGAUCAGGUUAUACGUAGUGGGAAGCAUAUAUUACCAACUCUUGCACGAUUGUGUCUUAUAUCUACAUUUUUGGAAGAUGGACUUCGAAUGUGGUUUCAAUGGAACGAACAGAAAGAAUAUAUGGAUAUGUCUUGGGGUUGUGGAAAAUUUUUAGCUCAUGUCUUCGUUUUUGUUAAUUUAAUUGGACAGCUUGGAGGAUGUGUUAUGGUCAUUGCAAGAUGGAAAGUCAACAUAGCUUGUGGAGUUCUAUUUUUCAUAUUGGUUUUACAGACAUUUGCCUAUAGUAUCUUAUUUGAUAUGCAAUUCCUGUUCAGGAAUUUAGCACUCAUAGGUGCAUUACUUCUGGUUUUGGCUGAAUCCAGAGUUGAAGGAAGAUCAUUAUUUGCUGGAGUUCCAUCACUUGGUGAUAAUAAACCUAAAAAUUUAUUACAACUUGCUGGAAGAAUUCUUUUAGCAUUCAUGUUUAUAACUUUAAUUCGCUUUGAAGUAUCAUUCCUUCAAAUUUUACAAGAUAUUUUGGGAAGCAUUUUAAUGUUGUUGGUGACUAUUGGAUAUAAAACUAAACUUAGUGCUUUACUUUUGGUACUUGUACUUUCUGCAUUGAAUGUUUAUCACAAUGCAUGGUGGACUAUUCCAGAUCAUAAACCAUUACGAGACUUCCUUAAAUAUGACUUUUUCCAGACAUUAUCAGUAAUUGGUGGCCUUUUAAUGCUAGUAUCUUUGGGUCCUGGGGGUGUAUCAAUGGAUGAGCACAAGAAAGAGUGGUAGACGUUUAAUAAACUACCAUCAAAUACACCAUUACAUUAUCACACAUGUAAAGCCAAACUUUCACCCAUUCCUACUUCAUCGUACGUUCGAUCGAUCUUUAGAUGGGAUUAUCGCAUGCUGAAUGAACAGCUCCAAAAAAAAAAGUGUAAUAUAAACUAUUCAGUUAAAAUAGACAAAAUGGUCAAAACAUAUUUCAAAAUCAACUACGCAUAUGAAUAUAAUACCAUAUAUAUGAAGGCAGAGUGGACUUUGAAAGAUGAUAUUAUGUCCAUAAAGCAGAGUUUGAAAAUUAAACAAAAACAAAUACAAAGUGGCAUGCAAAAGACUAAUUUAUAUAAAAAAAAAAAUAAUAGCAUUGUAUAUAUGACACUGCGUUUAUUAUGAAAAAUAUAUUUUUUCUGUGUGUUUUUAA